CAGCAGAAUGGAAGUGAGGAAAGGCAAUCAGCUGACACAGGAGCCAGAGUGAGACCAGCAGACUCUCACAGUCAACCUGCACCAUGAAUUUGUGUCUAUUUUCUACGCAUUAAGAGCCAAGGACAGGUGAAGUUGCUGGAGAGCAAUGGCUGUCUUUACUCCGUGGAAGUUGUCCUCUCAGAAGCUGGGCUUUUUCCUGGUGACUUUUGGCUUCAUUUGGGGUAUGAUGCUUCUGCACUUUACCAUCCAGCAGCGAACUCAGCCUGAAAGCAGCUCCAUGCUGCGUGAGCAGAUCCUGGACCUCAGCAAAAGGUACAUCAAGGCACUGGCAGAAGAAAACAGGAAUGUGGUGGAUGGGCCAUAUGCUGGAGUCAUGACAGCUUAUGAUCUGAAGAAAACCCUUGCUGUGUUAUUAGAUAACAUUUUGCAGCGCAUUGGCAAGUUGGAGUCGAAGGUGGACAAUCUUGUUGUCAAUGGCACCGGAACGAACUCAACCAACUCCACCACAGCUGUUCCCAGCUUGGUUGCACUUGAGAAAAUUAAUGUGGCAGAUAUCAUUAACGGAGCUCAAGAAAAAUGUGUAUUGCCUCCUAUGGACGGCUACCCCCACUGUGAGGGAAAGAUCAAGUGGAUGAAAGACAUGUGGCGUUCAGAUCCCUGCUACGCAGACUAUGGAGUGGAUGGGUCCACCUGCUCUUUUUUUAUUUACCUCAGUGAGGUUGAAAAUUGGUGUCCUCAUUUACCUUGGAGAGCAAAAAAUCCCUACGAAGAAGCUGAUCAUAAUUCAUUGGCGGAAAUUCGUACAGAUUUUAAUAUUCUCUACAGUAUGAUGAAAAAGCAUGAAGAAUUCCGGUGGAUGAGACUACGGAUCCGGCGAAUGGCUGACGCGUGGAUCCAAGCAAUCAAGUCCCUGGCAGAAAAGCAGAACCUUGAAAAGAGAAAGCGGAAGAAAGUCCUCGUUCACCUGGGACUCCUGACCAAGGAAUCUGGAUUUAAGAUUGCAGAGACAGCUUUCAGUGGUGGCCCUCUUGGUGAAUUAGUUCAGUGGAGUGAUUUAAUUACAUCUCUGUACUUACUGGGCCAUGACAUUAGGAUUUCAGCUUCACUGGCUGAGCUCAAAGAAAUCAUGAAGAAGGUUGUAGGAAACCGAUCUGGCUGCCCAACUGUAGGAGACAGGAUUGUUGAGCUCAUUUAUAUUGAUAUUGUAGGACUUGCUCAAUUCAAGAAAACUCUUGGACCAUCCUGGGUUCAUUACCAGUGCAUGCUCCGAGUCCUCGAUUCAUUUGGUACUGAACCCGAAUUUAAUCAUGCAAAUUAUGCCCAAUCGAAAGGCCACAAGACCCCCUGGGGAAAAUGGAAUCUGAACCCUCAGCAGUUUUAUACCAUGUUCCCUCAUACCCCAGACAACAGUUUUCUGGGGUUUGUGGUCGAGCAGCACCUGAACUCCAGUGACAUCCACCACAUUAAUGAAAUCAAAAGGCAGAACCAGUCCCUUGUGUAUGGCAAAGUGGAUAGCUUCUGGAAGAAUAAGAAGAUCUACUUGGACAUUAUUCACACAUACAUGGAAGUGCAUGCAACUGUUUAUGGCUCCAGCACAAAGAAUAUUCCCAGUUACGUGAAAAACCACGGUAUCCUCAGUGGACGAGACCUGCAGUUUCUUCUUCGAGAAACCAAGUUAUUUGUUGGACUUGGGUUCCCUUACGAGGGCCCAGCUCCCCUGGAGGCUAUCGCAAAUGGAUGUGCUUUUCUGAAUCCCAAGUUCAACCCACCCAAAAGUAGCAAAAACACAGACUUUUUCAUUGGCAAGCCAACUCUGAGAGAGCUGACAUCCCAGCAUCCUUACGCUGAAGUUUUCAUCGGGCGGCCACAUGUGUGGACUGUUGACCUCAACAAUCAGGAGGAAGUAGAGGAUGCAGUGAAAGCAAUUUUAAAUCAGAAGAUUGAGCCAUACAUGCCAUAUGAAUUUACAUGCGAGGGGAUGCUACAGAGAAUCAAUGCUUUCAUUGAAAAACAGGACUUCUGCCAUGGGCAAGUGAUGUGGCCACCCCUCAGCGCCCUGCAGGUCAAGCUUGCUGAGCCCGGGCAGUCCUGCAAGCAGGUGUGCCAGGAGAGCCAGCUCAUCUGCGAGCCCUCUUUCUUCCAGCACCUCAACAAGGACAAGGACAUGCUGAAGUACAAGGUAACCUGCCAAAGCUCAGAGCUGGCCAAGGACAUCCUGGUGCCCUCCUUUGACCCCAAGAAUAAGCACUGUGUGUUUCAAGGUGAUCUCCUGCUCUUCAGCUGUGCAGGUGCCCACCCCAGGCACCAGAGGGUCUGCCCCUGCCGGGACUUCAUCAAGGGCCAGGUGGCUCUCUGCAAAGACUGCCUAUAGCAGCUACCUGCUCAGCCCUGCACCAUGCUGCUGGGGAAGACAGUGGCCCCAGCCCCAUCAGGCAGGGCCAGGGACAGAAGUAAUCCAGGGACUCUGGCAAGAGCCUGAACUUUUUGGUAGAAGGUUCUGAUGUGGUAUUGCCCUUGCUGCACUCCGAGCAACCCAGUGGAGUCUUCACCAAAACAAAACAAGAGCAUAUGUCAGGCCAGGAGCCUGGCUUGUCCCUGGCACAAUGUCAUUUCUGUUUCUCAAGGAGCAACUGUGGGAAGACUGUUACUGCAGCUGCUCCAGGGCAAAAGAAAGUCUCAAGAGUCCUUUAAAGCAAAACAGAAGGAAUUGAGCUGAUGGGAAAGAACUUUGAAUGGGAACAUUCCUAAACCCAUCAACUUACUUAUUUGGGUGGGAGGGAGGGGACCACGGGAGGGAGAGGAGGGAUUGAUCACAGGCUUCUUUUAUUUCCACUGUUAAUCAUCCACCUUCACUAUACUGUUCUGUCUGCUUUGGGCGGGGUGCAGGAGAGAGACCAUGUGCCAUGGGACUGGUGGCAUGUUCAGGGACAGCCAUGGGGACUUGGCAGCUCAAAACGGAUGGCAGCAGAGCAAAAGAAACUUUUGCUUUGGAAGCACAGCCGAACUCCCCAGGGCAUUGUCAUAGAUGGCACCUAGAGCAUGGGCUGCUUCAGUCAGGGGGACGUGCCUGUGUUGUCCAGAGAGCCCAGCCAGGGACUAAAAAGGAGAUGAGGCCCCUUUCCUCCACCUCCCCGUGACCAGACACAUACCUUGGCCAUAAUUUAUUUUAGAAUCCCUUUGGGAAAGAAAUACGGAUUUUGGAGUUUCUGGUAAACUCACCCUCUCUCCAGCCCUGCUAUGAGGAGGAAAGUAGAGAUGAAGGACACACACUGCUCAUGGAUUUGGAGAGGAUUGUCUUUGAGCCAAGAUGUGGACAGCAGUGAAGUUGGUCCUUAAGAACGUGUGGCACGACCGGAGCUGGGCUCCUGACAGAUGGGCUUGUGUUGUGUCCCCUGUGAUGGCACCAAAGUCCAGGGAAGGGGGCUCUUGAUGUCUGCUGGGGAAGUAGGGGCAGCUCAGGAUGAAUGCAGUGCCCUGUCCUGGCUGCUUCCCUGAGGGUGUAGCUCGCAAAGGAGGGAAUCUGGUGCUGGCUUUUCCUUCAGGCAGGGUCGCUCUGACUUGUUGAAUAAUCAGCAGGUUGACCUGGUCAAACACACUGGACCUCACCUUCCACACCCUGGACCCCCCAUGCUCUGCCUUUGUGUAAGUCCCCACCCCACCGAAUCAUUGCUGCCAUGCUCUCUACAAGUUUGUAAGUUUCUGGAAAGCCCCUGACAUCUCCAUGCUGAUGCGAGUGAGCCCCCUUCUGCCUAAUGUGAGCAGUUGGCAUCAUCCACUUGGCCCCUGCUGGGCACUUCAGUCGCUCAAUGAUGUGCUGUGCGCCAGGGCUUCCAAGCACCCUGCCUGCUAACAGAGGGUAGCCCGGUGGAGCCCUCUGCUGGGCAGAAGUGAUGGGCAAGGCUUAAUGGCUGGUGGCUUUCAGAUGUGAGGGAAAGGAAGAAUUCUACUUCAUGAGGACUAGAGUAAGUGUGGGGCCUUUAAGUCUGGAAAGUUACAUUCUGCUUCUUUCUCAGUUGCUACACAAAUGUGCAGCCAGCCUUUUUUCUUAGGCCCACUGAGAUCCCUGCUCAGUGGGUCUGAAUUGUACCUCCAGUCUAAGAGAAUGGAGGAGAGAGGGGGGUACCCAGGGCCGCCUCCACUCCUUAGGUGGCCCCUGAGAACAUCUGCCAGGGAGAGUACCAUGGGGAGGCCUCUGCCCUGAGCAUCAUCACAGGGACGCCUUCAGACCUGGCUGAGAAAAGCCUCUGCUUGGGCCUAGGAAGAAGGGCAGAAGUCCAAAGGAAACCUUGGUGAGUGUGUGUGUGUGUGUACGAGCCUGUGCAUUUCUUUAAGCCUAAAGCAAUGGCAGUUUCCUGCAGUAGGAGGGCAGAUGACUGGCAUCCUUGCUGUGAGGAAGAACUUUGUGAAUGGGCCUCUUGGCUGUACCCUAGGGUGUGGGAAUUUGCCUGGGCCAGUGCCGCCCUCUGCUGGGCUCUUCCAGGAGCAUUGAACACUGACGAUGUCAAUGCAAGCAUCUGACCAACAGGGGGAGCCUGCAGGCCGAGCAAAGUUUAACCCACUUAGCCACUGCUACUUAAGCAAGGAAGCUGAAAAGUAACCUUAGCCCUACCUUGUGUUCCAAAAGCUGCAGGGAUCAUUUGCUGACUGUCCCUAAGUUCAAGGCCUCCCUACCUUCUCCUUCUCCAAGUCACGACUCCCACCCCCCGCCUGGGUCAGGCAGCCCAGAAGAGCACUUUUCUGCCAUUUAAAAAUCCCUCUUUCGUCCGGGCACGGUGGCUCACGCUUGUAAUCCCGGCACUUUGGGAGGCCGAGGCGGGCAGAUCACGAGGUCAGGAGAUCCCAGCUACAGGCUGAGGCAGGAGAGUGGCGUGAACCUGGGAGGCGGAGCUUGCAGUGAGCCGAGACCACGCCACUGCACUCCAGCCUGGGUGACAGCGAGACUCCGUCUAAAAAAAAAAAAAAAAAAAAAAAAGUCCCUCUUUCGUGCCCCCAGUCCAGUGUUGGCUGGAAGCGUGCCGGAGUUCCACCGGCAGGGCAGCUGUUCUGGGAGCAAACAGGCCCACACUCCAACUGUAUAGGGCAUUAUCUGAAGAGUCAGUGACCCCUGAAUGUGUUCUGACUCCCAGGCCUCCUCAGACUUGACCCAGGUCUGCUCAGUGAUCCUGAAGAGGAAACUGGGGAGGGGGCUUCCAUCUGCCCUGCGUGGAAGAGGAGAGCAAGGUGCCCCUGACUGUGGGCUGGGAGCCUGUGGCGGUUUUGCCAUUGCUGAUCUUGAUAGAAUCCUAAACCAAUGUAUAGCUGAUGACAGUUCCAUGGGGAGAGAAAUCCUGUUAUGAUUAAUUCUGCGCUAUAAUGUCUGGCCUGGUUUUUUUUUGGAUUAUUUUCCCCAUUGUGAUCCUAAGCUCUUAAAAAACUUGAGAGAAAACAUCUAAUUUACUAAAAGAGAAAGCUUUCCAUUGAAAGGUAAAUACUUUGAGGAGUAAAAAGACUUCUUUGAAUGCCAGUAAACACCUCAUUUAUUUGGCGUAUGCAGUUUGAUUUGCACAUGUAUAAAUGGAGAUGCUUUUUUUCAUUUUUGCUUGGACUGGGUUUUUGUCACUGCUCAUUACAGUUUGCUUUUUUGUGUGUUUGUUGUGUGUUUGGAGAUAUUAGUUUCUUUGGUGAUAUUUGUUUCCUUGAUGUGCCUUUUCACUUUUCUUUGGGGUUAGUUUUUGGAAUCUGGAUGCUGUUGAAGGGCAAUAGCAGACUCCUCCAGCUAGGAGACAGGACAUGUUCUUGAGUCACUGUAGCUGUUCAGGCUGGACACCAGAAGCUCCCUGCAGCCACCCCGCCAGGCCAUAGCGUGUAUGCAUGUGCACUUCCACCCCCAGCGGAGGGUGUGAAGCCUUGAGAACCUCAAGAAAGGGCUGGAUUCUGCCAUACCUUUUGGUCUACCUUGGGACUGCUGGUUGCCAGUGUGUCAACCGGCCUGUGUUCCCUGCCACCCACGCACUUGCUGAGGUGUGGCUGAGGCAGAAGCAUGUGAGCAGGUGCAUCCACAAAGCUCAAGGCCCUGCUUGGAGAAGAAAUACUUCAGCAUCAUGACAGGGAAAGAACGUGCACCUUUUUUGUUUCUUUAGUGAAUGCAAGACUUAAUGAAGGUGAAUAAUAAGCUUCCCCAAGCCCAGUUCAACUCACUGGCAGGGUUGACAUCAGUAUGACGUGUUGGACUGAAACUAUAUGUCUAUAGGUAGGUACGUGCCUUUUAGAGUAGACCCCGGUGGCCACCCCAUUUCUCCAAGGUGGUUUACCUAGCUUGUGUAUAUAAUUAGACAUUGCCACCCUCACCUCUGGCCAAAAAUUCUUGAUUUAAAAAAAAAAAAAAAAGUCUUAUUUUGUUAACGACAGGCUCUGUUGUAUGUGUUACUAUCCCAAGCCUGGAUUAUUUUAUUUAUUUAAAAGUAUUGUCAUUUCCAUAUUGGCUUUAUUUUAACCCCAUCCAUCCCUGUGGGGCUGCAGAGCAUCUUCAUGUGAGUAGACAGAUGGACAUAAAUAGAUUCAUGCUCAUUUAGGAAGCUGAGAGUUUCAUGAAGCUGAGGGUGAGUUCCUGUGAUUCUUGUUGGCUUCAACAAAAAGUGGGAGACCAAGUUUUUAUAGCAAAAGACCAAAUUAGUUGUAGAGUCUGGAAUGCAGAAAAAAAAUCACCCUAGCUUUUUUAGCACUUAGGGUUUUGUGAGGAUUCAGUGUUUAGCACAGUGCUUGGCACAUAGUAAGCCCUAGUAAAUGUUAAAUAUUGUUAUUAGUGUUUCCUAAAACUUGAGAAAUAAAGAGCUGAGCUCAUUCCCUUCCUGUUGAUUCAAAAAUACCUACAUGAAAACAUGAUUCCAAGUUGAUUGAAUGUUGUAGGAAUUACUGGUUUAGAGUAGCCCAGUUCUCGGCCUACCCUGCUGGUUGGGAUUUUACUGUAUUCUUGAAUACACUGGUUUGAAAAUAUGCCAGACUUCAGCCCCCAAGGAAACAAGGCUGCAAGAAUUUAUGAACUCCAGCUGGAAAGGGUAAAGGUGACCUUUGGCUAGCAACAUACCGGACCUUACCCCACUGAUAUCUUUCAGAACAUUCCAAGAGUUUUCCUCAAGGAACAUUUUUGAGCUAGAAAUUAAAAUGGGUUCUCUGGCAGACUGCACCCCUUGAGUCAAAGUUAACAGUAUUCCUUUGAAUGCAGUAAGGGAGGCUUUUCUGCGUUAAGGGGGACCAAUCGAACUUACGCAUUCCCCAGGCAAGUCCCUUUGCCGCCCUACAGCCUGGGGUGGCCCCUCCUGUCCUCAGGGAUGGGACUCCCAGGCUGGUUAGCUCUGCAUGUUUCCAUCAAAUUAAAGGUUAUUCCCUGGCCUCAUCCCAGAGAAAACCAACCCCACCCUGCCAGCUGCGGGCAAUAGGGCAGGGAUUUUGGCCUCCCAGAACAGCUCCUAGAGGCUGCUCAUGAUUGAAUGAUGUUUUCCCAAAUCACCUAAAUAUUGGUUUGCUUUUUGUUUUGGGAGAGGAUUUGGCCUCUUACUUCCCCAGUGGAUUGAAAGUUUUAUCUCCUGCCCUGUCUUGGCACAACUCUGGAUAGAUUACAGGUUGGAAUUUGCUGGAGUUUGGUGUCUUUUUCAAAUUCCUUUGGAUUCUCUUCAGCCAAAUCAGCAGUCUCGUCCUGUGGAUGCAGUGAUUGCAAUUUCCCAUCUGCAAAGCAUGUCUCUCUAGCCCAGAUUUUGUGGAGCCUUAAGAUACUCCCUCGCUGCCACCCUGACCCCACAGCUGGAGAACCCUGUGCUUAUGUGGUGGGCAGGGCCACUGUUGAUGGAGGAUGGCGGGGAAGGGGUGGUGCUCAAAGGAUCUGUGGUGCUGGAGGUCUAAAUGCCUCUCAGGACAGUAGGUCAGGAACCUCAGAGCAGCUUCAUGUCUGCCAAAGCUGAGAGGGAGCAAACUUGGGAAGCAUUUUGCUCACUGUCCUACCCAAGUUUUAAUAGCAUAAUAGUUGAUGCCAAAGGCGAUGGUGACGUCCCUUCCACUGCAGUUGCUGUCACAACCUUGAUGUCUUUAAGCUAAUGGCCAUUUGCAUCUGUGUCUUCAAACAGAUCCUGGUUACAGCCAUUUUCUAUCGUUCACUUCUGGGGUUAAGUAAUGCAGGGUUCUGCAAACAAGGUGUCGCUGUCCAAAUGUACUGUACUGGCAUAGAGAGCACUGCUUUGUUUUCCACUGUUGUAGAGAAAACUAGGGAGAACUUUAUUUUUCAAUAAACUUUUCUUGUGUGA